GAGUGUGUGUUUGUGUGCAUGUGUGUGUGUGCGUGCAUUUUAGUGUGUGUGAUUUUAACUCAGAAAGAGUCAAUUUGAAAAUAACACUCCCUAUCACACAGAUCACGUACCCUCCCUCAAAACACUGUGAUUGUUAUCAAAACACAUUCUUUGGAUGGGAGAGUUUGGCCAAACAAUACCAGAAAACCGGUUUUUGGCGCUGUCUCCUCAGACCACCAUUGUAGUGGCGCGUAAUUACACGUAGCUUACCCAUGCACCUGUCACUGUCAAGAUCACGGGGGAUUGUUUUCCCAACCUAAACACUAUGUAAUAUGGAACAUUGCGUAUGUGAUGUAGUUUGUUGUUACAGUACACACUCAGUAAAACCUGUACUAGGACCACCUAGCCAUAGAUACAUGUACCAGUAACCACCUCUGCAUAAGGAUCACCUGGCCAAUGAUAUACAGUUGAAUCUGUACUAAUGAACACUUCCACAUUGGGACCACCUGGGAAAGGUGGCAACUUUUGAUGGUCCCUUAAAUAAUUUUUCUCAGCGACAAAAGCAUUAAGGAUCCUUUUUGUAGUGUCCACUUGUCCACAUAGAUCAGAUUUCAUAGAUGUCCUUAGUGUUCCUCUUCUGCAGUUUUAAUUUCAUUUCUUAUCUGAAUGCAGAAACAUGAUUGUGACAAGAUAUGGUCACAUUUUGUUAAGAAUUGAGAGUUUAAAGAUAACAUUGACUGGUCCAUAUUCACUGGUACACAACGUUAAGUGUUUAAUGAAGCGUACUUAGUCUAGGUGUGGCCUUGCUCAGUUCAACACAGAGGGGCACACUUUGCUGUUAACAGCGGGCGGAGAAUACAACUAUCUAAGAAAAACUAUCCACCUGACACCAUGAAGCUGCUGGUAGUUGCUGUGUUUCUGAGUCUCGCUGCAUACGCAGCAAGCCAGAAUAUGAUCAACUGUUUUGAUUGUAAGACGGGUACAUUCGACGGUGCUAUCGGCGCUAUAACCGGAAACAACCCAUGUCUGACAGACGCUAACAACCCAAACUCGACCGUGCAGCAAAUCACCUGUCCGGUUACAUCUCAAUGCUUCACUAAGCUCGAGACCUUUCUCGGUUUUGCCCAUGCUAUCGAGCGGGGCUGCUGGUCGGAUGACGACGACACCUGUGCCGAAGAAGUGGAUGCCGACUGUGCAGGAACAAGUGGAACUGGCACGUGCUUGCAAUGCUGCAACACUGACAGGUGCAACGCUAACUUUGCGCAGCGGACCGGCGUGCUGAACGGAGUGACUGGAGUCCACCAGUUCUCUCUGCUGGCCCUGGUACCGGUGGCACUGGCCAUGUUCUUCUAA